AAAAGCGAGAUGGAGAUGCCAUUAAGCACAAAAGGAAUUGCUGUGAGCCUGCUUCUCUUUGUAUUAAGUUUGGCAGGAGCUAUUGAAAUACCGCUUUCUGUGCGGCAGCUUCCAAGUAUCAAAGAACAAUCAACUACUGAAGUUGCAUUCCCUUUUGAUGAAGAGUUUACAAUCAAGUGCAAAGCUAAAGGAAACCCACCGCCAAUUUUUAACUGGACAAAGGAUGGAAAGCCAUUCGAUCUACUGAGUGACCCAAGGAUACUUCCAUCCAACAGUUCUGGAACUUUUGUUAUCAGAAACCAAGGGAAUAUAUCCAUUUUCCAAGGAAAAUAUUGCUGCUAUGCCAUUAAUGAGCUGGGAACUACCAUGUCAGAGGAAAUUGAACUCAUUGUUCCAGGUAUUCCUAAAUUUCCUAAAGAGAAGAUAAACCCUAAAGAUGUGGAACAUGGUGAUUCAGUGGUCUUGCACUGUAACCCUCCUAAAGGAAUCCCACCAUUACACAUUUACUGGAUGAACAUUGAUUUGCAGCAUAUCCCACAAGAUGAAAGGGUCUCCAUGAGCCUGCAGGGAGAUCUUUACUUUGCAAAUGUGGAUGAAAAUGACAGCCGGAGUGAUUAUUGCUGCUUUGCUGCAUUUCCAAGACUACGGACAAUUGUACAGAAAAUGCCAAUGACAUUGACAGUUACACGUUCUAAACAUGCUAAUGAUUCCAGUUCACCUAGUGCUACUGCAGCCAAUUUAAUCAAGGAACGGAAACCAAGACUGCUUAUUCCCCCUGAGUCUUCUGGCCACAGUUCUGAUGUGACUGUUAUCAAAGGAAAUGAUCUUUUUUUGGAAUGCAUUGCUGAAGGACUCCCCACACCACAUCUAACCUGGAACAGAGUAAACCGAGGAGUAAUAGACAAUUAUGGGAAGGUAUUGAUGGUAGAGAAAGUUACUCCAGAUGAUGGAGGAAGAUACAUAUGCAUAGCCAAGAAUGCUUUGGGAGAAACAAGACAUGAAUUCAAUGUUCACAUUGAAGAGCCACCUUCUUGGGUAGACAAACCACAAAGUGGAGUUUACAGUAUUGGUGAAAAUCUUGUAUUGUUGUGUAACGCUAUUGGUAACCCAGAGCCAACUAUAAAGUGGAAACGGAAUGGUCAGCCUCUUGGUGAAAUUAAACACAGCAGAGGUAUGGUUACAACAAGGGAGAUCAGUAUUAUCCAACUACAGCUGCAAGACAGUGCAGUGUACCAGUGUGAAGCUACCAACAACCAUGGGACAAUCCUUGCCACAGCCAACGUGGAUGUUCUUGACAUUCGACCAGAAGUGCUAACUCCAGAUGACGAAGAGUAUGUCGCUGUUGUUGGUUAUGCAAGUUACUUGCACUGUCUAUUUUUUGCUGUUCCUCUACCGGAUAUUACUUGGUCAAAAGAAGACAGCAUAUCACGUCUUGACAUGCCACCUUAUUAUCAGUAUCAAAAUGGAACCCUCGAGAUCAGAGAAACGAGGAAGACGGAUUCUGGGUCUUAUACUUGCUGGGUGUCAAAUUCUGUUGGAAGAAGUGCUAUCACUGCUACUCUUACUGUCAGAGAUGCUACCAAAGUUUCUGUUACACCUAAAAAUCCACAAGUUUUGAAAUCACAUUCAAUCGAAUUUAAAUGUCAUUCUGAAUAUGACUCACAUUUGAGACACCAUUUUAAAAUAUCUUGGCGAAAGGAUGGAGAGGAGCUUGACAUGAACAGAACAGAGGGCAGAAUAAUUAUUGAGAUGGACACGUUGUUAAUACCAAGUGUGGAAUUAGAAGAUAAUGGAGUGUAUACCUGUGUAGGCAGUACAUCACUUGACAGUGCUGUAGAUGAUACCCGUUUAACCGUCCUCCAUAUCCCCGACCCACCAGAAGACCUCUACCUCUCAGAGAAGCAGAUCAGAAGUGUGAGAUUGUCAUGGACUGCUGGAAACAGCAACAACAGCCCAAUUAAUGAAUCUAUUGUGGAGUUUGAAGAGAACCGAUGGGAGCCCAGAAGGUGGCAGGAAUUAAUCAAACUUCCAGGGAAUGUUACUACAGCUGUUGUGCCACUCGCCCCUUAUAUAAAUUAUCAGUUCCGCGUUAUCUCCAUUAAUGGAGUUGGGAGAAGCCAGCCUAGUGAACCAUCUGAACGAUAUGAAACACCACCUGCUGCUCCGGACAGGAACCCAGAAAACAUUCGAGUUGAAGCAUCUGAACCCCAUGAGAUGAUCAUGAAAUGGGAGCCAUUGAGGCCAAUGGAACAAAAUGGACCAGGGAUGGAGUACAAAGUAAGUUGGCGACGGCAGGGCAUCGAGAGUGACUGGAAUGAAGAAACAGUGAAAAAACAUUCCUUGAUAUUGAAGAACACCCCCACCUUUAUCCCAUAUGAUAUAAAAGUCCAGGCAGUGAACAACCUCGGCUCGGGCCCUGAACCCAUUGUAAUAACUGGCUAUUCAAGCGAGGACAUUCCAGAAGCAGCUCCAUCCAAUGUAAUUGUGCAAGUCAUCAACAGUACUCUGGCUAAAGCCAUCUGGUCUACAAUUCCGAAGGACAGAGUUCGCGGGCAUCUCAGAGGUUAUAAGGUCAGCUGGUGGAAAAUAAGAAGUCGUCUGGAUGGGAAAAAUCAUCACCCUGAGAAACAUUCUCUGAUGUUUAACGCGGACCGAAAUGAUGGAAUGAUUCCUGGUUUGGAGCCUUUUAGUGAAUAUCGCUUAACUGUUUUGGCUUUUAAUUCCAAAGGGGCUGGACCAGAAAGCCUCAUGUAUGACUUUCAAACACCAGAGGGAGUCCCUGAAAAACCACAUUUCCUAAAAAUAUUAAACUUUGAUAAAGAAUCAGUAACACUGUCAUGGGGGCCACCGAAGAAACCAAAUGGUAUUGUCACUGGAUACAUUUUACAAUACCAGAUAAUCAAUGAAACGGAUGACAUUGGGCCUUUGCAUGAAGUCAAUAUUACCAACCCUUUAUCAUUCACCUUGAGGCUUUCCAAUCUGAGUGCCAGCACCAAGUAUAAGUUCUAUGCAAAGGCCUGUACCCUGCAAGGCUGUGGGAAACCUAUCACCGAAGAAGGAAUCACAAUAACUGAAGGCAGUAAAGCUGUCGGGAAGAUUUCUGAAGCAGUAAAACCUACUCAAAAGACUCAGCCUCUUGAGGCACUUGAGCCUGGAACUGCAUACACAGUUCGUCUAGUGACUAAGCAUUGGGUUGAUAAUAAUAGCAUUUCUGCAGAUGUAAUUGAAACGAGGGGGAGAGCUUACGCUGGGAUUUAUGAACGAAUCUCUACACAAGGAUGGUUUAUUGGACUGAUGGGUGCCAUUGCAUUGCUCACCUUAUUAUUACUCACAGUCUGUUUUGUUAAAAGAAACAAAGGAGGGAAAUAUUCAGUGAAAGAAAAAGAAGAUUUGCACCCAGAUCCUGAAGGUCAAUCCAUAAAAGAUGAAAUAUUUGGAGAAUAUAGUGACAGCGAUGAAAAGCCACUCAAAGGAAGCCUGCGGUCUCUUGACACAGACAUUAAAACUGCUGAGAGUGCUGAUAGUUUGGUAGAAUAUGGAGAAGGUGACCACAGAAUGUUCAAUGAAGAUGGUUCAUUUAUUGGUGCUUAUACCGGAUGUAAAGAAAAAGCUUCAGUCGAAAGCAUUGGGAGUUCUACAGCAACCUUUCCUCUCCAUGCAUAAAAUAUUAGCAUGAAUGAUUCAUUUCAAAUCACCAUAUUUAUCUUUACUAGCCAUCGAAUAUCAUCCAAGGCAGCAAUAAGCUGCAGAAAGUUCAAGAUCUCGGCAUCCGGCUGUAUAGAAACAGGCAGCUGACUGCAAUUUUUUUUUAAAAAAAAAACUCUUUCUCCUGAUGAUGCGGGCAUUUUCACCUCAUUAAAAUAUGACACAUAAUUACAGUUUGUAAAACAUAUAUCACUCAGUCUGACCAAAACCAGAGCUACUUCAGUGUUAUAUAUGUAUAUAGGAACCAGCUACCCUCCAUGUUUCUAUCAACCCAAUCCUGUUGUGUGUAACUGCGACAGCACAUCAAACAGCUUAUAAUAAAAUGGUUACGUUGGCUUGGAAAGUAUGGCAUGUCUGUCCUGGUGUGCUGCCUAUCAGUUGUAAUCCCAUUUCAAAACGUUAUUGCCAAAUAUUGGAUGUGUUGUAUUGUGCUGACAUGACUGAAGAAGUGGGGGGCUAGUGCCAUUAGGUUGUUCUCUGUAAAUGAAUAAUCGCCAGUCUUUCCCCUGCCACUUGCUCUUGGAUAUUCAGUUUUGUUGGUCAGGUCUAUGCUAAGCCAUACACCACAAAUGCCAGUGAUGGUAAGUGAUGGUGUAGUUCCCAGGACUACAUCGUACUUCAAGGACACCAGCACCAGCACAGUGUAUUCUACACGCUCAACAUUUAUUUGGCAAAAUAAUAUUGGGCCUUAAAUUAGAACUUCCUCUUUUCAGUAACUCUGUUCCUCUGUUUAUACACUACAAGCACCAUUAACUAAUAUGCCAUAAACUCAGUAUUAUACGGUUCAGCCUGAGAAGGCAGCAACAGUUAAUUCAGAAAUAAACUGUUAUAUGAUAAAACUAACAGAGAAAUGCAUUCCAUACUAUAUACUAUUUAAUAUUAUAAAGAAACGACCCAAUCAAGUUUAGAGCUUAAAUUAUGUGCUGAUGGCUGGGGCUUAGAAAUGCAGCUCGCCGUGACUGUCAACAAGAUGCUUUCGAUUUACAGAAGCAUCGGGUUAAACAUUUCUCUCUUUUGACCACUAGCUGGCACUCUUUCUUUAUUCAAUCAGCUUUAUUCAAUGUCAGAUGCAUCCAAAAUCCUUGUGUACCAGUCUAAGUAGAAAUAGUUUUUCUCCCUAAGGUAUUUUGUUACCACCUCCAUAAAAGAUGUCUUUUUAAGCAAGCUGGGUUUAUUGGCAUCCCUAUUUGUAUAUUUGCAUCCCUAGUACAUAACAAUUUUUGUGUGUGUGAAUUCUUCUACAUAUUAUGUUUAUAUUGAUACAGUCAGAGCAAGCCACAUCAGUUGUAUUUCUCAGCAAGACGCAAUAGUAGUGGAGGGUAUGUUCGCUGGCAGCAAUUGAGUUGCUCUUGUCAAACUGAGUGUAUCUAAAUAAGACUCAUUCUUCAUACAAAAUGUAUCAAGAUAUUUCUGCAGUGUUGAAUCUCCCCCAUCUCAUUCUUAAAAAAAAAAACAAAAAAACUUUCUUCCAAAUCCUUAGCCAUGAAUAUUUUCAGAUUUGUUUAAGUCUCAAUUUAUGUUCUGAUGGAUCAAAGCAAACAUUAAUACUGAACAGGGUAUAUAUAUAUAUAUCAAAAUUAUUUCUUUGGGCAUGUAAAGCAACUAUUACCCAGAACUAAAACUAUUUCUGUGAGUGAUGCACAAAGGCGGUCAUGUUUGUUACAAUUAUAUUGAAGGCUGUUGCAUGAAAAAUUAUUCCAGGCAUGAUUUAUCUUUGCAUUCUAUGUGGACAUGUUUUUAGUUUGUUACUUAGCCUUAUUUCAUGUUAUCUGUUAGGCUUUUUUUACGAUACAUACUGCUACAUCUGGAAAAUGUGUAUGUUCUGAGCAUGCAUCAAUAUUAUAAUACUUGGAUCUCU